AUGCUCGCGGCGGCAACAUCGUUCUUUGCGCGGACGAAUAUCUCUCAGAACUAUAACAUCGGUUCCUCGUCAUCCUCGGGGGCUGGUCUUGGUGGAAGUCGGACAGCAUCACCUGCGCCAGCAAGCUCAUCCACAGCCUCUCUCCCUGCAGCUGCACAACCGCCACCGUUUAAUGUGGGGCCAUGGCGCGUGCAGCCUGCAACACACAAGGUCACCAACAAGCGCGUCUCUGUAUGGAGCACGGACAAACGGAGCCAGGAGAUGGAACGCAUGGGGCCAGCGUCGAGGGAGAGGACGAUAGAGGUUUUGAAGGCCGAGGCCUCGGCUCUGAGUAGGCUGCGGCAUCCGUCGAUUUUAGAGAUGGUGGAACCACUUGAAGAGACUCGGAACGAGCUUAUCUUCGCUACGGAGCCCGUACUUUCUUCGUUGCACCUGUCAAUACCUGGUUCCUUUCAAUAUACACCUCUAGUGGAGUUGGAUGAGGUCGAGAUCCAGAAGGGUAUCCUCCAGCUAUGCAAAGGUCUCUCCUUCAUGCACACAUCUGCGCGUCUGAUCCACUCGAACGUCAACCCUGAGAGCAUUGUGAUCAAUAGCGCGGGUGAUUGGAAGCUGUCUGGACUGGGACUUACAAUCCCUCUAUCAAGACCCGAGGGUGGUCCAACGCGAUGGGAGUUCCCCACGUACGACGGGCGGGCUUCCUCAUACACACAACGAUCUUUCGACUACAUCGCGCCUGAAUACGCUCUGGACGAGGUCUUGGACCCUGCCUCCGACAUGUACUCUCUAGGUUGCUUGAUUUAUGCUGUUCACUGCAAGGGGAACCCACCAUUCAAGAAUCACGGUAGCCUAUCUUCGCUACGCGCGAAUGCGGGGAAGCCCCUGACCGGUACGGAAAGACUUGAACAAGACCUACGAGCGCUAUUAAAUGCCCUAAUCUCGCGACAACCUCAUAGUCGACCGAGUCCCAACGACCUGCCGCUCCACCCCUUCUUCUCAUCAUUGCCUGUUUCGACGCUCAACUUCCUCGACCGGUCUAACUUCGCUGCCAAAACCCGAGAAGAGAAAAUAUCCUUCAUGAAAGGCCUGACCAGUGUCUUGGAUAGGUUCUCUGAAGGACUUCGGACGCGGAAGAUACUGCCGUCUCUCCUUGAAGAGAUGAAAGAUACCCACUUGCUACCCUACAUCCUACCCAACAUCUUUGCUAUCUCGCAGAUCCUCUCAUCAAGCCAAUUCGCUGCUCUCGUGUUGCCGAGUCUGAAGCCGCUCUUCGCGAUCAAGGAACCACCACAAAAUAUGCUAACUUUGUUGGAUAACUUGCAAAUGCUCCAAGACAAGACUGAAAAACCUGUCUUCCGAGAACACGUCCUUCCUCUUGUUUACAACGCUCUUGACAGUGAGCAUGCCAUUGUCCAAGAACGCGCGCUGAAAGCGGUUCCUAACCUCUGCGAGACGAUCGACUACGCUGAGGUACAGGGAGUACUCUUCCCGAGGGUCGCGCUCGUGUUCACCAAGACGCGCAUCUUGUCUGUCAAAGUCGCCACGUUGGAGACAUUCCUCCAUAUGGUGAAAACCCUUGACCAGUCGAGUCUGACGCAAAAGCUGGUCCCGUUGCUAUCGAGGAUUCGGACGAAGGAGCCCGCUGUUACCAUGGCCACCCUUGCCGUUCAAGAAGCCAUGGGUCUCAAAGUCGACAGAGAAGCGGUCGCUACACUUGUGCUCCCCCAACUCUGGGCAAUGUCCAUGGGCCCCCUGUUGACCGUCUCGCAAUUCAAGCGGUUCAUGGAUGUCAUCAAGAAGUUGGGAGAUCGGGUGGAGAAGGAGCAUGACCAGUAUCUACGCGACUCUCAGCGGAUAGAGGAUCGCUCAGCCGUGAACGGGCGUGCCAGUCUGUCCACCGGCGCCACUGGUGGCGCCGUCGACUUCGAGAGCCUGGUGGGGAACAGCGGUGCGUCCGCAGUCACGGUGAAGGCGGAUUCCACCGGAGAUGGUUCCAAGAACUGGGAGGAUGAUGUCUGGGGCAGUAUUUUUUCCAGUACCUCGGGGGUAACCCCAAGUCCGGCGCCAUUAUCUCCUCCGAUCUCGUCCCAACCUCAGCGAACGCCGUCGACGUUCACUACGCACCAGCAGACACAAUCGCUGCCCUCAUCGCCGAAGAUCCAAAGUUCUUUGAACUCGCACGCUGCACGAUCUCCUCUUGGUCGCCCGAGCCCAGGCUUGGGAGUUACCCGUGUGUCAUCUUCGUCUUUUAGCAACUCGGCGUUCCCCCUCAACUCCUCAUCUCCAUCGAAUGCUUCGAGUCCGUUUUCAACGACUUCGUCCAUGCAGCCUAUGCAGCCAUCAUUCCCGACCCUUACGCCUGCCAGUGUUGGUUCCCAAACCAACAGCUUCAGCACGAUAACUCAAGCCCCAUCAUUCGUUGCGCCUGUGGGCCCGAAUUACAACAUUACCCUGCCACCUGCUCAACCAUCGACAUCAACAUCUCCACCACCUCCAUUCUUCGCCUCACAGAUGUCGAUGAACAGCGUACUAGCGCCGUCUAAGCCUGCUCAACCACAGUGGCCAGGGACAACGGGCUCUUCGACGAAGCAGUUGUCGAAGGAUGACUGGGGGGAUUUUGACCCAUUAGCCUAA